UCUUCUUGUAUUUUACGUGAUUUAGGCAUAUAUGUCUUAACGCCCAAUAUUGAAGAAAUGAUCGGAUCAAGGCCUGGUCUGUGGUGGCGAUUUCUUUGGAAAUUUAUCUCGCCUACUUUUCUAUUUGUGAUUGUUAUCUGUAGUAUUGUAUAUUACGAACCUAUUACAUUGGAGGACUACGACUACCCAAAGUGGGCUGAUGCAAUUGGUUGGUGCUUAGCCCUCUCAUCAAUGACACUAAUUCCAGCCUUCGUUAUCUACUCACUAUUUACAGCUGAUGCUAUUACGUGGAGGCAGAGACUUGCUUUAGCAAUAUCGCCUAGGUCAGAGCAUGCUAAAAUAAAAAGUUCCGGAGAAGCUGAUAGAUUUAAGGUAAAAUGCUUUGCUUUCUUGUAGAAAAAUAAAAUCUGUUCAUGUAAUUUGUUUGUAUCUUUGGUGAGGAAUUUGGAGAGCACUUCUAUCCAAAUAAAACUGAAUUGGAUAAGGAUUGGAUUUUCAAAGAAAUACCAAGAAUAAUCCACGAAAGUCCAACUGAUCGUCUAUAAUGACGAUUCCUCCAGACUGCCAUCGCCAAUCAGCAAACGGCGUCGCAUCGUCUAGCGUUGACAGUAAUCAUAUUUCACACGAGACCAACGGCUUAAACUUGUUUAAACCUCUCUUUCCGAAAGACACUGCCUUCCAUCUGAAACACAAGGAGAGCAGCAGAUAAAAUAUAACCGGGUACUAGCAUCUGCCCAGGGCGCGUAGCCAUCGUACCAAUAUUUGACAGACCACAAUUUAAUUCAUUUGGUUUUGAAUUGGAAAAAGGUUAAAUUCCACUUCUGUGAACUCUGGGGUUAAUGGUUAAUGAUACUUUACAUUAUUUUCUUCUCUUUAGCAUAAGAUUUAUAAUGAUUGAUUAAGAAACUAUGAUGCAAUUUUUCACCAGCCCAACCUUGCCAGGGACCAACAUAUUAAAACCUGGUAAGAGGUUUUAAUCAUGAAGAUUAUGUCAAUGUUCUGAUGAUAUACAAAAAUUUCGUUUCAUUGUACAGUGUACAAAUUAAAUAGUAUUUUAUUAAAGAAAUAAUACCGUACCUUACACUUGUGUUUUUCCCCGACAAUUGUUGAUUGAUUUCUUUUCCUACCAAAAUUCAAAAGAACACGGUUCAGCUACACGCGUCAUAGUUUUAUCCUUCUUCAAAAACCAGAGGUGGCGCCAGGA